GGGAAUUGUUCUCUGCGCAGAAUAAUAGGAAGGUUACGGAACAUGGCAAGCGGGGCGUGCACUUUGUUCUUGUGUUAAAAAACGACCGACAAUAUCCGCGUUAUUCAAGCGUGGAGAAAAAAAAACAUUUACUGUCGCGAUCACAUGAUGUCGCGUUUGACAUAAGCUGCUCCGCUGGAAUAGCACCUUUCGAGUGGGAUAAAACCGGGCGUCUCUAGCAUGUCUGUGCCGGAGAACUUUCUGCUCGCUUUUUACUGACCGGAAGUGCUGUGGAGAAUAAACCUGCACAUAUGCUCAACCUACGCGCAACUUUUGAUCUUCAGAAAGAUGUAAUCCCGCACAUUUUAAGAAAUGAUGAUUCCGGAAGAGGAAUAAAAGAUCCAUGUAGCUUGUCAGAAGCAGAUGUCAGAGUCAUCAACGUGGAAAAAGAUGGAGGUGUUUUAUAUUCCUGGAAAGGUCCGGCCUGUAUCACCCGGAUAGGAAAAUACGAUCCCGGUACAAAGCAGAACAAGGUCCUGUACACGUUUGACAAGGAGGUGUUUGUAAGCAGUUGCUCCCUAAACAAGGAGGAAACCCUGCUAGCCAUCAGUCUGUCACAGAAGUCAAAGCGGGAGGAACGCCUGAUUCCAGUUUCAAAGUGUAAGACGCUGCUCAUCGAGAUACACCCGAAAAACAACAUCAAAGUCCUGAAAGCCGUAGACUGUGGGAUCAGAGUCCAGUUUUUAGCCCCCGACUCUGAGAAGCCGUCCGUUCUGGAGAGCCACCUGCUGCUGAUUGCAGAGGAUGGAUAUAUUGAACAGUUCCACAUAUUCCUUACCAAGCAAGAAGGCUACAGAGUGGUGAUCCAGAACCCGGAGCGGCUGGUUAAAGACAGGGUGGCUGAGGACUUCACCUGGGUGCAGUGGGACGUGGCCACACAGAGACUCUUCUACCUCAUCCCCAGGGAAAAAUCCAUGCUGAAAUGUGUGCAGUUUUACCCAGACCGGAACUUUGAAACUCUGUUUGAGCUGUCACUGGAACUGCCUGCCCAUCUAUUCACCUCUGUGAGGUUUGUUAGCCUGGGGUACGACCACUGCAAAGAGGACAGGCAGGACGAUGAGGGACCGAAGCUGGUGGUGUUCAGCAGCAGGGCAGAGAGGAGCAUGUGUGUCUGCUACAGCCACCCUGCACAGGAGGACAUCUCCUACACCAUCGCCUUUGUGCACAGAGGCUGCAGCAAGACCUUCACAGUGGCUCAGCAGGGCCGGCGUCUCCGCGGCAACCCUGACCUGCUCUUUCUCUUCCUGGAUUACUACAUCGUGGUCUACCUGGCUGGGGGCUUCCUGCACCUCAUCAACAGCAGGCAGCAGGACCUGUGCUGCCACAGCAUCUUCCUGUCAGGUGAGGAUGCCAGGCUGUGUCAGCUGGGGGCGGGCAGUGUGUUUCUGAAUCUGCCCGAGGCGUCCCUGCUGGACGUGCGGGCGGGGAUCGUGUACAAAGCAGACAUCAGCCAGGCCUUCCUGCUCGACCUGCUGUACAGAAGCAGGCUGGACUCCCAGCGCCUGGCCGUCCUGCACUGCAUGCUGGUCUACCUGAGCCCGGACUCAGAGCUGGAGCUGAAGAUCAUCGACUGGCUCUGUGAGAACGUCAUGACUUUAGACACCUUUGAUCAAAUUCAAGAGUUCAUCCUGGCAUCCCUGUACAGGAUGGUGUACCAGCAGUCUCUGAGUCUGGAUAAAGUGCUGCCAUACUCCUCUGUGUUUGAGAAGAAGGACCUGGCUCCUGGUCUGAAGGAGAUCCCUGGAGUAAAAUGCACCUCCGAGCUCCUGUCUCAGCCUGUGUUCAAAGGGAAGGCCAGGAACUUCAAAGGGUACUGGGAGGAACUGCAGUGGAACAUGGAGAAGAUGAAAUACUUUGAGGCGGUUCCACACCCCAGAUACAGAACCUCUCAGAUCCAGGCCGACUGGACACGACUACUGGCCCAACUGAGCGCAGAGGAGAAGAAGUCUUCCAGCAGCUUACGGCACAUCGAGGAGAACACCAGAAAGGUUCUGUCCAUGGUGGACACCUGGCGCUUAGAUAAGAAGGUGGUGCCCCUCUUCCAGGAGGAGGACCAACAGCAGAGGGCGCUGAUAGGCUUGAUGGUGGACAAGCUGCGAGAGCAUUUAAACAGACAUUUACCUCGCCUGGGGAAGAAGAAGAUUGACGUUCUGGUUGUCAAUUAUGUUGCAAAGCUGCUGGAGCUGGUCAGACACAUGCUGGAGACAGUGUGGCUGAAGCAUAAGCUAGGACCUGCCGUGCUUUCUUUUAAGCAUCAGGGCAGCUCGGCCGAGUGGGCCGUCUUUCACAUGAUGUGCCGGAUUCUGGAAGCCACUAAAGGACUCUGCCUGCCCCUCCCCCCUGGCUACCACACCCUGCUGGCUGUUCUGGGGCUGCGCUGUCUGCCGCGCCACGCCUUCCUGCAGCACGUGGACCACGGCCUGCUGCAGCUCACCGAGCCCUUCGUCUCGCGCCUCAUCACAGACCUCGACAACAGCGAGGACAACGAACAGCUCAAGUUCAGCAUCAUGAAAAGACUGCCUGAGUCCAUGGAGCAGAAAAUCUAUCAGCUCUGGGAUCAUCCAAUCAGCUCGGCCUGUAUAUCCAGGAAGUACGUCCAAGGACUCCUCGAAAAACACGCCAAGACCAAAGGGUCUGGCUUCAUGGAGAGGGAGAAGCCAUGCUUCCAGCCGGAGUUUCUGCCCCUCACCUACUUGGCCAAACUCCUCGCCGAUAUGGAAAAUCUGGCUCAGAACCCGUUUGAGCAGCAGGAGAACGUGGACGCCCGCUUCGUGGAGGAGACCGCACUGAAGCAGACGCUCAUCCUGCUGGGGCUGGAGGAGAAGUGAGGCAUCGGGGGGUCA